UAACUUUGGGUAAUAAUGUUUGUCAGCUACCUGAUACUAACGUUGCUCUGCUUUCAAACAGCAGUGUUAGCAAGACCUGGGGGUGAGAGCAUUGGCUGUGACGACUAUCUGGGUUCUGACAAGGUGAUUGACAAGUGUGGAAUAUGUGGAGGGGACAACACUGCUUGCAAGGUGGUGUCUGGAGUUUUCAAACACACGCUAACAAAUCUUGGCUACCACAAGAUAGUGGAAAUUCCUGAAGGAGCUACUAAAAUCAACAUUACUGAGAUGUCAAAGAGCAACAACUAUUUGGCCCUGCGGAGCCGCUCGGGACGGUCCAUCAUCAACGGGAACUGGGCGAUCGAUCGGCCCGGGAGAUACGAAGGUGGUGGGACAAUGUUCACCUACAGGCGCCCAAACGAGAUCUCCAGCACUGCAGGGGAGUCGUUUUUAGCAGAUGGCCCCACAAAUGAAGUCCUUGAUGUCUAUAUGAUACAUCAGCAGCCUAACCCAGGUAUCCAUUACGAGUAUAUCAUUCCAGGAGACAAUGUCAUUAGUCCUCAGCUACUUGCUCACAGGAGGCCAGGGGAGCCGUUGAAUGGUCAGUUGGGAAUGCCAGAAGGUACAAGUCAUGAGGAUGAGGAUUUGCACAGAGAGACAGACAUUCUCACUGGACAGUCAGCUGGAACUUUUCCAGUUAUUCAGCCAGGGAGAUUUCCUUCUCAUCAGCCAGAAAACCAGGUGCCUGCUAUGCAACAGCCAAGGCAAAACCGAGAACACAACUGGAAACAGGUUGGAAAAACUGAGUGCACUACCACCUGUGGGAAAGGAUCACAGUACCCAAUUUUCCACUGUGUCAACAGAAUCACUCAUGAGGAGGUCCCUGAGGGUUACUGUGACAGCAGUACCAAACCCAUCCCAGAAGAGGAGGCCUGCAACCUCUUCCCAUGUCCAGCUUUCUGGGACAUAGGGGAGUGGUCUGAGUGCAGCAAAACCUGCGGCCUGGGGAUGCAGCACCGCCAGAUCUUGUGCCGGCAAAUCUACGCCAACCGCACCCUGACGGUGCAGCAGUACCGCUGCCACCACCUGGAGAAACCCGAGACCACCAGCACCUGCCAGCUGAAGAUCUGCAGUGAGUGGCAGAUCAGGACAGAGUGGACCUCAUGUUCAGUGCCCUGUGGAGUGGGGCAGAGGACUCGGGAUGUGAAGUGUGUCAGCAACCUUGGGGACGUGGUUGAUGACGAGGAGUGUAACAUGAAGCUGCGGCCAAAUGACAUUGAGAACUGUGACAUGGGCCCCUGUGCCAAGAGCUGGUUCCUCACAGACUGGAGUGACAGGUGCUCGGCAGAGUGUGGGGCCGGGAUCCGCACGCGCUCCGUGCUCUGUAUGACCAACCACGUCAGCAGUUUGCCUCUGGAGGGCUGUGGCAACAACAGACCCUCGGAAACCACCCCCUGUAAUAACGGACCCUGUGCUGGUAAAGUGGAGUGGUUUGCUGGGGGCUGGACACAGUGCUCCUCUGAAUGUGGCAGUGGAACUCAACAGAGAGAGGUCAUUUGUGUUAGGAAAACUGAAGGUAAUUUUGAUGUUUUGGACCCCUAUGAAUGUUCAUAUUUGGAAAAACCUCCCAUCCAGCAAUCCUGCUACCUCAAACCGUGUGGAUCUAAGUGGUUUCAUACAGAAUGGAGCACAUGUUCCAAAUCCUGUGAAGGAGGAUUUCGGGUGCGGGAGGUCCGGUGUCUGUCAGAUGACAUGGCAGCCAGUUCUCAGUGUGAGCCACAGCUGAAACCCGAAGAGAAAGAACCCUGCAACACACAGGAUUGUGUCCCUGAAAUAGAUGAGAACUGCAAAGAUAAAUACUACAACUGCAAUGUGGUGGUUCAGGCCAGGCUCUGUGUCUACACCUACUACAAGACAGCCUGUUGUGCAUCCUGUACCCGGGUGGCAAACAGACAGUCGGGGUUCCUGGGCCGCAGAUAACAAACACUCUGCUCAGAGCAGCCACGUCGGGCUGCACCUGGAGCUUGAACAGUGUUACUGCUUUGACUGCAGCAGGUUUAGCUUCUUAGAGAUGGGGGGUUUGUGUUGCUGAGUGCAUCGAGACUAUGGUUAAAUCUCACACCCUUUCAGUUAUUGUGCAGUUAUCUCUUUUGUUUGUUGUAAAACCGUGAUCUUUUUUCAAGCAUUAGUUGCUAAUGAUACUAUUAUUUGCACCUGCUCAUCAGAUAAUUAUUUAAGGAACAUACCGGCCUUAAUAUUGUGAAAUGAAUGAAAACUGAAUCGAUUGCAGGCAAUUACUGGAGAUAGUUGACCAGUAUGGAUGCAGCUGCUGCAUUAUUUUCUGAGUGCUUACUUUUACUUGGUAUUUUGGACUGCCUUAAAUUAGAUGACUAAAUCAAUGAAACAUGCACAUGAGAAAAAUUAUUUCCCAAAGAACCAGACCCUUGAAGACCCAUUUGUCAGCAGUUUCUUAGCACUCUACAUUAUGUUUUUAAGUACUUCAGUCCAUUCAUAAUUAGAGUCACUGUUAAGCUCUCUCAGUUGUACUUUUAACUAAUGUCCUGUCCUCAGGCAGUAAAUAUAUACACACUUGACUGCCAAAAA